AUGGAUAAAAAAAAUAAUGAACAAUGGGCUUGCAAAUAUAAAAAAGUAAAAGCUGUUGUUGUUCAACUUGAUGAACUUAUUUCUCGAAUUACGACUGAUCAUAAGAUUCCGCAAACGGUGGAGGGAUCAUUGCCAAUAAUUAGUAUUACUCCACAUGAUGACGCAGUACCACUACGUGCGAGUUUCGUUGAUAUUCAUCCGAAUGCAAAAUGGGCACAGAAUGGCAUUACUGUUGCUGCAGGAAAUGGAAAUGGCAAUGAAACCAAUCAACUCUGUUAUCCAUGUGGUUUGUACGUCGACGAUGAUCAAACGGUUUAUGUCGCUGAUUUGAAUAAUCACCGUAUUAUGGAAUGGAAAUAUGGUGCUACGAAUGGAAAAGCGGCUGCUGGCGGAAAUGGAGCUCAUCAGUUAAACCAACCAAUAGAUGUGAUUAUCGACAAAGAGAACGACAGUCUCAUCAUCAGCGAUUAUGAGAAUAAAAGAAUAGUUCGAUGGCCUCGUCGAAAUGGUACUCGUGGAGAGACAAUUAUUUCGAAUAUCUAUUGCACCGGUUUGACAAUGGACGAAAAUAGAUCUCUCUAUGUCGUUGACUAUGAACAACAUGAAGUGAGACGAUAUAAAAUUGGUGACACUGAAGGAACAGUGGUUGCAGGUGGCAAUGGAAAAGGAAAUCGUCUCAAUCAACUCUCUCGCCCUUCCUGCGUAUUUGUCGAUCGAAAUCAUUCAGUUUAUGUGUCUGAUUUGGAUAAUCAUCGUGUAAUGAAAUGGGAAAAAGAUGCAAAACAAGGCAUUGUCGUAGCCGGUGGUCAAGGAAAAGGAAAUAGUCUUACACAACUGUAUGAUCCUCAAGGAGUCGUUGCCGAUCGAUUGGAUACUGUCUAUGUGGCUGAUGGUGCGAAUCAUCGAAUCAUGCGUUGGCCAAAACGAGCCACACAGGGAAGUGUCAUUAUUGGUGGAAAUGGUGGAGGAGCACAGUCGAAUCAACUCAAUUGUCCCAUAGGGUUAUCAUUCGAUCGACAUGGCAAUCUCUAUGUCGUCGACAACAAUAAUCAUCGAGUACAAAAAUUUAAUAUCAAAUAA